AUGACUCUCUCAAAAGGCCAGAAGAAGUCAGGGAGUGUCGUCAACAAUGGCUAUUUGAGAAGCUCCGCGGACUCCGAUGAUGGAUCUUCGAAACAAUUCAGUCUCCAAGUUCUUUGCAACGGCGACAGGGAUUUGGACCACAUCAUAACACCCCUUAGCCAGGCUGGCUUCAUCAAACCCGAUGGCAAAUUCACUUCUUACAGUGAUCUUAAAGACCAACUAUUCCGACGCCGCUUUUUGGUUUCUGGAGAUUCCGAGGAAGCUCAGCGAUCCAUCUUCGAUGAAAUCCCUGACAAGGAAAUUGCCAUCAAGCUAGUCGACAGAUACUUCCAGACAUACGGCUCCAUCUUUCGAUUUUUCAACGAGUCGAAUUUUCGGGCUGAGGCUGAGAAACACUGGGAAUCACCAGAGAGCGUGUCCUUGACUUUUUGCAUUCAUCUACUGCUGGUAAUUGCCAUCGGCAAUGCAUCGAUCCAGCCGACGGAAGACCGACUCCCUCUCACCAGGAUUACCACGUGGUGGCAUCUCAUUCAAGCAUGGCAAAGCGUUGCGCUUCGAUCUGAUCCCCGCGAUAUAACGACAUUACAGUCUUCAUGCCUCAUUAGUCUGAUGCGGCAAUGCUACGGUCUAGAGGCGCUUGCGAGCUGGCCCUCAUCCGGAGCAUUGGUGCGCAACGCUAUGAUGGCGGGUCUACAUCGAGAUCCAUCUUCUACGGGUCAUCAACUUGAUCCAGAGGAGCUAGUGAUGCAUCAAAACCUAUGGUAUACCAUUCUUGAGCUUGAUUUGCAGAGCUCUAUGGAUGAAGGAAUGCAACCUACUUUGACUCCAGACGAUUGGGAUAUGCCAUUACCGAUGACUUCCGACCAUCUGGACAACGCAGGAGGUUCUCAGGCCAUCUCCGCUGUUCUGGUGCUGAUAUCCACUCUGCCAGUCAGACUUCAAAUUGCACAUUUUCUCAAUAACAUAAAAGGCUCAGUCGACUACAACGAAGCAUUCAUCCUGCAUGAACAGCUAAGCCCUGCAGCACAUCUCCUACUUUCAUCGGACUCAGCUCAUCGUUCUACCUCGACGGCAUUUACUCAUGGAUUGCCCGCCGCUUUAUGCGCCAGAUCACUGUUAGCUCUCCACAUCCCUUUUGGAUCACUCAGAAGUCCAUUAUACACCUUCUCCCACAAUAUUUCCAUGUCAACCGCAAUGUCUCUAAUGGAAAGGCUCGACCCUCCCCAAGACAAAACUGGGUGGCCAGAGAACGACGCGCUAGUAACUUUAAUGCGCACUUCGAGUUCCAUCUUCCAGACGAUUGCUUUUCAAGCGAUUCUCUUCAUUUGCGUCCAGAUGGAGAGCUACUUUGCGGAUCCCCAAUCAUGGACCCUUGUACCUGAGCUCAAGGAGAGGUUUGCCAAGAUCCUUGGACGCUUCAUUUACAUCGCUGAACAAAGGCUUCCGACACAGGAUUUCGUUGGAAAGGCUUACAUGAUACCAGCCAUGGUCCUGGCACAUAUGCGACUGGCGAAUUCGGGGAUGAGCAAAGACGGCAUGGCAGCAAAUGACGCGAUAAUUGCUGAGGAAGUAACGACAACUUGCUUCAGCAUAUUCCGCAACAGACCAGAUCUGCCCUCUGACUAG